AUGCUUGAAUUUAUAGACGAAAAUUUUGACAUACUAAAAAUAGGACGUCAAGAUGAUUACGUGGCUAUACUAAAGGUAGAGGAUAUCGUACCUCAAUCUAUCUAUUGUCAAAUUGCUGAUAUCUUGAAUGAACUUGAGGGAAUUGAAUUCUCACUUGAUCCUAUGGAGAAGCAAAUUGGGCACGACAUCAUUGUGUUACUCCAAAAAGGGAUAAACUUCAAUGGCAACUGUAAUGACAAUAAUGAGCUUGAAUCUUUUCAUCAGGUUGUUUCAAAAGUUAGUAUCACCUCUUCAAGAGCUGCACUUAGAGAAAGAAGGGCUUUAAAGAAACUCAUAGAAAGAGCCUGGACUGAUGAAGACAAAAGAAAGGAGUCAAAAGUAGCUUAUCUUUUACAUCUUAUCAGAAAGUACUCGAAGUUAUUCAUAAGUGAUUUCUCAGAUGAUAAUGAUUCACAGGGCUCAACACCUUGUUCGCCCACCGUCCAUGGAUCUUUGGAGGAUGGUUGUGUGCCUGGACGCAAUAGUUAUGUGUUCGACCGUUAA